CGGACCAUGGAAUCCCUCUCAGAUACAAAGUGGGAUGUAGUGAUCAGCGGCACGGGGCUCCAGCAAUCCCUUCUCGCCCUUGCGCUGUCGCGAUCUGGCAAGAACAUCCUCCACGUCGAUCCCAACGAGUACUAUGGCGAGGCCGAGGCUGUCCUGAGCUUGCAAGAGAUUGACGAGUGGGCUGCUGCACGGCAAUCCGGCGACGGCGAUGGAGUUUUCGCAGCCGCGCGAGUGACCCGUCCCGACGGCCCCGAAAGCUUGUCGCCGAGAGGCUACACCCUUGCCUUGGCACCGCAGCUGAUCCAUACGCGAUCAGAACUCCUGUCGAAGCUGGUGUCGUCGAAAGCCUUCCGACAGCUCGAGUUUCUUGCCGUUGGCUCGUUUUACAUCUACCAGCCUUCGUCCGGAGAGACCUCAGCUGCUAGCCUCAGCCGCAUACCCUCGACUCGAGAAGAUGUGUUUGCCAACACAACAAUUUCGGUCAAGGCAAAGCGCGGGCUUAUGAAGUUUCUCAAGUUCGUGCUGGACUACAACGUUGAGCCGCAGACGGACGUAUGGAAACCACAUGCAGGUGACUCGCUGGCGAGUUUUCUUGCGGCAGAGUUCAAGCUUGACGCCGACCUGCAGGCAUACAUCGUCACUCUGACCCUCAGCUUGGAUGGCAAGAUAUCAACAGAAGCUGGUCUGGCCGCCAUCCACCGCCAUAUUACUUCUAUGGGAGUCUUUGGCGCUGGCUUUGCAGCCGUUUACCCCAAAUGGGGUGGCCUCUCUGAGAUUGCCCAAGUGGGCUGUCGAGCUGGUGCUGUCGGCGGCGCCGUUUAUAUGCUUGGCGUUGGUAUCAGGGAUGUCCAGAAAUCUUCUUCCACGGCCGAAAUGCCCGAAGAGCUGGACAUUGUCCUGACCAACGACGUGGCUAUAAAGUCAAAAGCCCUGGUGAAAGCCCUGGGCAAGCCGGCAGGCGAAAGCCGCCGCUUGAGCAGGCUCACGGCCAUUGUCGACUCGGAUCUACCCGCACUCUUUGAGAAGGUGACCGACGGUGCGCCAACCCCAGCCGUGGGCGUGGUUGCGAUUCCCGCUGGAACACCCUUUGGUGAAGAUGGAGUCUCAUCAGAGUACCCCAUCUACGUUCUGGCUCACUCAAGUGACGCCGGCGAAUGUCCUACUGGAAAGUGUGUAUUAUAUCUAAGCAUCCUCACAAGCCCAGAUGCUCAAACCCAUCUUGAAAAAGCGCUCGCAUCCCUUCUGGCCUCUCUCUCUGUAGAAGGCCACGAGCCUCCCAAGUCUCUCUACCAAUUGUAUUAUGAACAAACUGGCUUUGACGUUCCAUCUAUAAACAUUGAUGGAAAAUCCGCUGUGUUUUCCCUGCUACCUCUGGAUCUUGCAUUUAAUGACUCUGUAUUGGACCCUGUCCGAAGUGCUUGGGAAAUGAUUGCCUCUCCAGCUACGGAUGAAGAAUCUGCAGACUAUCUAGUAUUCACAGACAGAGAAGGCGCCGAUGCGGAAGAUGAGUUUGAUAAUUAAUUAGCUAGCAGAAAUGCAUCAAAUGAACGAUUAUAUG